CAAAUGAUAUUAUUACUCACAUGGAAGAACAUCUCUGUGAAGCUAUAAAGCCUCUGCCAGCCUCCAGAAGAAAGAAUAACAAGAAAACAAAUCAAAAAGCAACUUAAAACACAACUUUUCAUCUACACAUGUUUCAAAAAUAUGAAAUUUGAAUUUUCCUUCUUCUAGACCCAGUCUCCAAGUAGCGCUCGUCCAAUAUGGCGGAAGUUUUGCAAGUUUUCGAAUUGUACUUAAAAAAGGUUUGUAUGCUCUUCAAAAUGCUUUCAGACUUUCAAAUAAGCUGCACAGCUGCCUCUUCUGACAUUAUAGGUGUUAUUUUGUCUUGACAGAUGGCCGGAGAAUGCGUAGAUUUUCGAGUGAAUUACGAUAAGCUUCCCUCGUUUGUCGAAAAUUCGUUGGGACAAGCGAAAUUUUGGCAACUUUUAUGCCAAUUUGUAGAAACGCUUCAGGUAGGUAAGACUUAUUCUUUUGAAGAAAUAUCUGUGAAUGUGGAGGGCAAUUAAUUUUAAAGGUGCCAUCAAAACAUUAAUGCGCAUGCGUGGCCCAAAUUUGCGAUUAUUGUGAAAUAUAGUGUUCAAGGUUUCAUGUUGAAUAUGGAAAAUUACGGACUAAGGUUUCUACCCAACACAGGCGAUGUUGAAUGAAAGAACAAAGUCUAAGACAACACAAGAACAAGAUAUUCCUGAAGAUAUCAAAAGUAUUAAGCCUGAAAUUCAGUAUGCAGAGAGAAUGGAUGCAUCCUUAGUUCAAAUCACUGCGAGUAAGGCAGAAAUUGACCGCAGGAUAGCAGCGUUUCUGAGAAAGAAGCAGUUAGAUGUCGACAUUCAUAAUCAAAGAGAAUUUUGUAAUUUACUGAACACAGAAAACGGUCAGCAUUGUUUGGUUUAUACUAAUAUUAUUAAAAAUUAAUUUUUUUGUACAUUAUACAGUCAAUCUGGUAUCGAUGUCUUAUUUAUUUCUUGUAUGUUUAUUAGAAUAUAGUUGUGCAAGAGUAGAUGCAGUGUUUUUACCAAGAGUUGGUCAGAAAAGUCAUAUAACAGGUUGGUUUGGCGUUAUAGUUCUGCUCUGGACAGUAGAGGUGUGCAAAUCCGAUCCGAAUCCGAUCCGUUCGGAUUUCGGAACAAAAAUAUACAUAUCGGAUCGGAUUGAUAAAGUUGUUUCGCAGUCGGAUCGGAUCGGACUUCGAUAUUCGAAAUAAAAUGAAUUAAUUAUCCACGUAUUAUUGCAAGAAUUAAUUAUCCAUGCAUUUAUCAAAGCAUUAUCGCGGUUGUCGCUGCAUUUUUCGUUUGAUACUUCAAUUGGACGUCACUUUGUCAGCUUCUUGACAUGUAUUUCUUGUUUUUCUAUUCAUUUGGUUAAACAUUUCAACGUGAAUGAAAAAUUUAUUUUAUUAAAGAAUUCUUCGGAUCGGAUCGGAUUGGAAUACUUUAUUACAACUCGGAUCGGAUUCGGAUUAGACAAUUUCGGAUUGGAUUUUAAACAUUAGCCAAUUGUCGGAUUAUAAACGUCCAACCGAUCCGAUGCACACCUCUACUGGACAGUCUGGUUCUGCCAUCAGAGACGUUCAGAUUUUGACUACCGCUACAACUAACCAAUCCUGAGAUGUGUUUAACCUGCCCGAUUAACCAAUCAAAGCCAGUGAGGUAGUGGAGUCCUCUCUGUCAUUAGAGAGUUUAAGCUUCGCGUUAAACGGCAAACCCCAGGCAAAGAAACAUUUUACAGUAUCAGGCAAUAAAGAGUAAAUAAACUUGCUUUUUUACACUGAAAUACAUAAUUAUUCUUUCGACGCAAGAAAGAAAAUAUGAAACGAAAACGUUCAACGAACAUGUUUGUGUGAUGUUACUCUGAGUGUAUAUCCACACUGGGCAGGCUUGAAAAAUAUGCCUGGCCACGGCGGGAUUCGAACCUACGACCUUUGGAAUACUAGCCCAAUGCUCUUCCAAUUGAGCUACGCGGUCAGGGCGGUUCGAGUAAGCGAUAUUUCGGAACUGAGUCUAGUUCCUUCGAUAUCAGUGUAAUCUAAUAUUUAGAUUACACUGAUAUCGAAGGAACUAGACUCAGUUCCGAAAUAUCGCUUACUCGAACCGUCCUGACCGCGUAGCUCAGUUGGAAGAGCAUUGGGCUAGUAUUCCAAAGGUCGUAGGUUCGAAUCCCGCCGUGGCCAGGCAUAUUUUUCAAGCCUGCCCGGUGUGGAUAUACACUCAGAGUAACAUCACACAAACAUCUUAUUCACCUGAGUACAUUACACCAACACAGCAGAGUUCAACGAACAUUUUGCCAAGAAAGUUCGAACCUGCCGUUCCCGGAAACGUGAAGCUUAAUACAGACACUUAAUAAAGACAUCCAGUAUAAAUAUAGUUAGUUUAUGUUUUCUCCUAUAGUAACACUGGAUCAAUAAAAGAUCACUUUUAGUUGAUUAGUUCCAACUGCAAUGUGAUUUUCCUAAUUCGUGUAACAAUGAAUAAAAAAAUUUCAGUAACAGAUGCUGAUCGCGAGAACGAGAUAAUGGAAUCAGACAAUACUGUAACGGUUGACACCAUGCUUUACUCACUACCGUCCAAACGACAGAAGACCUCAGACAGUGCAGAAGAGUUGCCUUACGGAGUGCAAGAACGUCUUGAUAAUAUGGAAUCACAUCUCAAGCUAAGUGGUAAGGCUUCAAAAAGCAGACUGCUAUCGUUAAGUUUGUGUCUGAAUUACGUUCAAAAGGUCAAAACAUUUCAACAUUUUGAGAGAAAGGUGGUUGGUAGCCAAAUCUGACCUCAUGGUCAGAUUGAGGUGUUUUACAGUUGAUUUCACAUAACUUUUCCCUAAAUGUUGCAAACUUCGUUACGAUCGUUCCGAAGUUCAAAAGUUCAUAAUCAUAUUCACAAACUGGUUUGUAAACAAUGCAUUUGAUUCGCAACAUUCAGGGAAAAGUUAUGUGAAAUCAACUGUAAUCUUUUUAAGGUAGUUCACACAAAUCACAGCAGAAAAUUUUAAUUUUCACGAACUAUACCCUUUUACACAGCCCGAAAUUGCAGGUUUAAAACUUCGACUGUUUGUCAUUUUUGCAGUGAAAUCUGUUGAACACGGUGUCUACAGUCGCAUUAAGAAACUGGAGGAAAAAAUCCUUUACUUGGAAGGACUUUCACCUGAAUAUUUUAACUACAAGGUAGGAAGCUGUUGUCUAUCUCCGCAAUUUUCGAGUUUGGCCUAGGUCUGUCCUUCGUAAAUUAAAGUUGCUAACCAUUCCUAUUUCAGAGCGCUUCAAGAAGAUUACAAACAAACAGACAAACACGAAACACGGACGUAAGUAUGAUAUAGAUGAUGGUAGAUAAUGGUAGGUGAUGGUAGAUGACUAUGGUAGAUGAUAGUAUAUGAUGAUGGUCGAUGAGGUGGAUGGUGGUAGAUGAUGAUGAAUGAUGGUAGAUGAUGAUGGAUGGUAGAUGAUGGUGGAUGAUGGUCGAUGAGGUGGAUGGUGGUAGAUGAUGAUGAAUGAUGGUAGAUGAUGAUGGAUGAUAGAUGAUGAUGGAUGGUAGAUGAUGAUGGAUGGUAGAUGAUGAUGGGUGAUGGUCGAUGAGGUGGAUGGUGGUAGAUGAUUGUGAAUGAUGGUAGAUGAUGCUAAAUAAUCAAUAAUGGUAGAUGAUGGUAGGAAUUCCUUCGCGCAGAUACACGUACGCCUAGCGUACCUAUUCUGAGAUUCUGAAUUCACUGAGAUGAAUUUGGAGACUUUCUGCGUAAAUAUCCAAUUACACUGAAAACCAAUUAGACAAUAUUAUUUUUCUUACUUCUACAGCAACUGGCGUCCAGUUACACCAACGAUAUAGAUGCACGAAUGUUGAAACUGAAGGAAAAACUUCUUUCUGAAAAACAAACCAGGAAGAAAAGCUUAUAAAAGAAAAUGAAAGAAAACUUUUCUGUAGUAUAGGGAAGUAGAGUCAUGGGCUUAUUAUUGGACAGCAGUUUAUUAAUUAACGGGAAUUCCAACAGCUCAGACAAGUGCCAAUAAUUACAUUAUACACUAUAAUAUGUUAAAAAACUUAUUAAUAAUUCAUGAGGAAAAGACGAAGGAAAUCACUGCCAUGUCGGUGGUUUUGUAUGUGAUAAAAAAUUAUGUUCAUUUACAUAAACUUUAGCUUUGAUUUUCUCGGCUUAGACAACGUUUAUUUUUAAAAUUACUUCGUCAAUGAACUCUUUAGACGGGUCGCCUUUUAAGCCAUUUAAGACGAUCGCAGUCAGUGCUUUAUCAGACAUAAAACACGGGAGUGUUUUAUGUCUGAUAGUUGUUUUAUGUAUAGAUUAUAUGCUGUAUGUUUAUAUUUCUUUUCGUUCACGGUAUAAAGUUUACAGGUACAAUAAAUAUUAAUAACAUCAACCCCCCUCCUUAUUUAAGCCCUCCCAUGUAUAAGUCCAUGCCGUCAAAAAUGCGUACGAACGAAUAUAAGCCCAGGGACUCAGAGCUUGUAUUCGGAGGUUUACAGUAUACAAAAUAUCUACAUUUUAUAAAAUCUUGCCAAGUCGUAGAAAGCUUAACAUUUGUGUUACGAUGGCAAUAUAAUAUUCUUGUUUGUUGUUUUCAUUUUCAAAGCCAAAAUGUUUAACACCAACAGUGUUAAUGAGAUGCAUGAUUGGACUAAACCUCAACUCCUAAUCUGUUUCGUCAACAACAUUCACUUUCAUUAGCCAAGUUAAUUUUGUUUGGCAUGAAAACAAAUACAUGCUCAAAGAUUGGUCAAGUUAAAAAAAUAUGAAUGUCCACUUUAAAAAAACGGGCUCUCGGUGAAGAUUCUUGUGGGGUCCAAUGUCGUAUCAUAUGUAGUCGAUACUAACCUCUUCAGAAGAGUGCUUUCAUCUUGACUCUAUCGAACUGAACACUGGAUCAACGAGUACUAUUUACAACAUGAGCAGCGCCGAGUUAUAUCGGAUGUACAAAGUCGAGCCGAAGUCGAUGGCAAGAGUUUGUAUAUCCGAUACAACACGGACGCGAAUGUUGUAAAUUGCUUGUGAAACGUCUUCAUGAGAACAUUCGUAUUCCUAUUUGGUGAGAAAUUAAAAUUGAACUUAAAGUUUAUGUAAAUCAACAUGAUUUUGUAUCAGAUAUACAAACUCCUUCACGCUCAUGAUUUCUUUUGUGUUUUCUUCAUGAAUUAUUAAUGAGUUUCAUGAAUAAUAAUUAAGUGAAGUUAUAAAUUUGUCGAGGUUCUUGCGUACGUGAGAUAAAAAAAAUGAUUAGCGUUUGUUUCUGAGUUCACUGUCAUAUUAAUAUUUACAGAAUUUCUUCAAUUCGUAUAGUGCACAGUGUUAAAAGCACACUAGAAUGCCUAUUUCGACUAUUUUGUUUUUGGGUGAUGUUUUGUGCGCG